CGGGCGACCGGUUUUGUUUCGACUUUGGUGAGUUUGGUGUUCGCAGCUUGUGUGCGCACACGCCGCUUGAACACCGCAACUGCGGCGUUACGAUGAUUGCGCGACAAUGACAACUCGGGGUAUCAGAAGGAAGAAGUCUUCGCUUUCUGAAGUGAAAUUGGCGGUGGUGGGCGCGCCCUCUGUCGGGAAAAGCGCGCUCACGGUGCGAUUCCUCACUAAACGGUAUAUUGGCGAAUAUGAUCACCAGCAAGACAGUAAGUACAAACAUGAAGCACUCCUGGAUGGCGAGCCUAUCUUAUUUGAAAUAUUGGAUACGUGUCCUAAGAGUAUAGACGAGCUGCCCGGGAAUGAGAUAGCACAAUGGGCGGACGGGCUGUUCCUGGUAUACUCCAUCACAGACAGGGAGUCCUUUAACUACGUUCGCCGAGCCAAGCAGACCAUCCAGCCGGAUAUACCUCUCACUCUUGUCGGCAAUAAAGCUGAUAUGGUGCAUCUGCGUCAGGUGAGUCCAGAGGAAGGCGAGAUUUUGGCCAAAGACUUCGAAUGCAGUUUCGCCGAAGUGGCGGCAGCCGAACAAGUGAACCAAGUCAGCGAUGUAUUCCACGACUUGUCUCGAGAAGUUUUGGCACUCCGACGGAGAGCAAAACACAGUCUUCUUGAUAGAAUGCUCGGUUCUAAGACUGCCUACAGAGUAUACUCCAGAGGGAAGAGUGACAGCGCUUUGCCAAAAGAUUAGUCGUUACUGCAUUUAGUUUAUAGUUUAGAAAGUUAUGUGCAAGUAUUAAAUUCACCCACUGAGCCAAAGAAACUGUAAAGAGGAUCUGGAUUUUCUCUUGAAAUUAUAUCUUUACUUUCAACUGUUAGUAUUCUUUAAAUAAAAGAAGUUUGUAAUGUUACCCAUAGUUGCAGGCAAAGAUGAAUGUUAUGGUAGUACAAUAUGCGCUUACAAUCUAAAGGGCCGCACUCUGAUUUAGUUUAGUACUGUCAUAAAUUUAUUUAUAAUUUUUCGUAGUAUAGUUAAAGACAGUGCAAAAUAUAGUAUAAGUUUUUGUCAGAUUUGCAAGGUUUUGUUUGAUCUCACACUUCGGUCAUACCAUUUCAGUUAUAAAGACUAGCAAAUCAUAGGUAGAUCCUAGACCUUUAAUGCAUUAGACUUUUUUGACAUCCGUUUAUUUUACGAGUAAUGAAUAAUUUAAAUUUAUUUGUACUUUUUCUAGUGAGUGAGAUGAUGUUAUAUUUGUUUCAUGUUGAUAACAUUAUCAACUUAGAAAUAAGUGUCCAAGUUACUAUCAAAAAUAUCUUACUAAUAAUAUACAAUAAUAAAAUUGUAACUAAAGAAAGUCUGUACAUGGGAGAUAUUUAAGAAAAAAUGGUAUAAGAGCAAUAGAAGUUAAAACAAUACGUCUUAGAGACUUAAUUAUAGUAUUACACCUUACACCUUAAAAUUAUUACACCACGUAUUCGUAUAAGAAUUCGAUUUUCCCAGUUAUAUUUUUUGAAGAUGUAACUUAAAAAAUUUGGAAUUGAAAACAUUUUUUACUGUUGUUAAUAUACAAGACCCAAUAUUAACUUGUGUAGCAGUUUACUAGUUGUAUGAAUGCGUACCCAAUUUAAAUUAAUUAAAAAAUAAAAGAAUCAAAUGUUUUCAUACUUAAUGUAUCAAAUCUUAUAUUUUUAUGUGUUCAUUUAAGUAGUAUGUAAUUGGUAGACUCAAUCAGAAGUAUCUGAUUGUCUACAUCUAUAGCGUGUCUCUUAUUGUAAUGAAAUUUAAAAUUAAAAAUAUUUUAGUGAAUAGUCAUCAUAUAAUGUGUGAAUUAUUAUAAUUACUGUUAUUACAUAGUAGAUUGCUAUCUUUUAUUUUCGAAACAUCAAUACGUGAUGUAGGUUCUUAUGAUAGGUGUUAGAUUUCCACUAAUUUCAAAAAAUAUCUUCCAAAUUUCAGAAAAGAUAUAUAAAUGAUGUUAUUAUUAUUAUUUUUUACUCUGAAAAGUAUAUAUAUAUAUAUAUAUAUAUAUAUAUAUAUAUAUAUAUAUAUAUAUAUAUAUAUAUAUAUAUAAAAACACAAGAGGCCUAACAUUUUAGUUACUCUCUUAUUAGUGACUCGAAAUUAAAAAAUAGCAAAACAUGAGGGGAUUUAGAAUACAAAAAAAAAUACACAUUUUUAUUUUCUAUUCUGUAAAUACUGAGAAACACACAGUUAUUCUGUCGUGUUUAUAUGGUAUUAUCUAUAUCAAUUUGUAGCAAUUGCUUUUUUUUCAUCAAGCAGGCCUUCAGCUUAUUUGCCAUUCUCUAAUUUAAUAUUACAAAGAGGAAAGAUUUGUUUAUUUCUUCAAAACAGAUUAAUACAAAAACUACUCAACAUAUUUUAAAAAUUCUUUGACUUAUAUUUUCUUUGUUAUCAGCGUGUAACAUACGUUGUAUAUUAUUUACUAAAAUUCUGUCUACCCGUGUGAAGCCGGGCCGAAUAUCUAAUAAUAUAAAAAAAAUUAGUAUUGAAAGCACCUACAAAUAAUCCAAGAUUCAUAUUUCUGUACAAAACAUGAAGUGUCAUAAAUUAAAAUUAAAGAUUGUUAUCGAAAACAAAAAUUGCAUCAGCGAAGUCCAAUAUUUUUUGAAAAAGUUAUUCUACAUAUUUCGAUGAUUAGAGAUAUCUGAAUACAUUUAGAAAUCGUAUCUAAUGUGUAUAAUAUAUUAUGCUAUGUUUCACAACUGUUAUUAAUUGCAUAUAGACAAAUAAUGCUUUUAUUGAUCUUUGAUGUAUAUCUUGGGUUUUCUGUUUAGCGACAGUUGAAAGGCUUUUAUCGUUUUAUCGUAGGUUGAGGUUUUUGUUCUGUUAAAUAUUUUUUACUUUUUUUUUUUUAAUGUUACAAGAAAACAUUUUGUCGUUGAGUUACUUGUGUCGGUGAAGUUUAUAAAUAACAUUUCUUGAGCAUUUCAUGAGUGCAUGCGAUAUAUUUGUAAGUGAAUUAUUUAACAUUAAAUUUUUUUUAUAG